UUUCCUCUCUCCCUGGCAGCAGAGAUCUCAUUUAGCGUCGACUUGUCAUCAUUUCUGGUGUUUAACCUCUGAUCCUUCCCUAAAUGUGGGCAGGUGAGGCUAGGCAGUGAAGAGCAGCAUGGACCUGGAUGUGCUGAACAUGUUUGUCAUCGCCGGCGGCACCCUGGCCAUCCCCAUCCUGGCCUUUGUGGCCUCCUUCCUCCUCUGGCCCUCAGCGCUCAUCCGCUUCUACUACUGGUACUGGCGCCGAGCCUUGGGUAUGCAGGUCAGAUAUGCAAACUAUGACGACUAUCAGUUUUGUUAUUCCUAUAGAGGGAGACCUGGAUACCGACCAUCCAUCCUGAUGUUACAUGGGUUCUCAGCCCACAAAGACAUGUGGCUGUCUAUAGUCAAGUUCCUGCCGAAGAACCUGCACUUGGUGUGCGUUGACAUGCCCGGGCACGAGGGCACGACCCGCUCAGCCUUGGAUGAUUACUCCAUUAGUGGACAAGCUAAGAGAAUACACCAGUUUGUGGAGUGCAUCAAGCUGAACAGAAGGCCCUUUCAUCUGGUUGGCACUUCUAUGGGGGGAAACGUUGCCGGCGUCUAUGCUGCUCAGUACCCAGAAGACAUUUGCAGCCUGACUCUCAUCUGUCCUGCAGGCCUGCCGAGUACCACUGACAGCAAGUUUAUUAAGCAGCUCCGGGAGCUGCAAGACUCCAAACGCAUCGACAGGAUCCCUUUAAUUCCCUCGACUCCUGAGGAGAUGGCAGAGAUGCUGAAGCUUUGCUCCUACGUUCGCUUCAAGGUGCCGCAGCAG